AUGAGCUCCCGCGAGCAGGUCGACGCGGAGCCGCGCGGGCUCCCGUCCACGCUCUCGAUCCUCCCGCUGAAGGACCGCAUCCUCCUCCCCUCGAGCGCGAUGAAGCUCGUGCUCACGACGCCGUCCGCGCUCGCGCUCGUCGACGACAUCCUAGGCGCGGCGUACGUGAAACCGGGCACUCUCUACGUCGGCGUGGUGCCCGUGCGGAGAGACGCGCCUCCCUCCGCGGGGGGCGUCACGAGCGGCGCGUCGCAGCUCGACGCGGAGUCGUUCGACGCGGAGGACGACGCGGACGACGUCCGCGCGCACCUGCACGACGUCGGGACCGCGGCGAGGAUCAUCCAGAUCGCGCGAGGCGACCGCCCGGGGAUGAAGGCGCGUUCUAUACACUGGUCCCCAUACGACCGCUCGUACACGCUGUUGCUCGAGGGCCGAUGCCGGUUCGAGCUGAAUCAGCUCUCGUCCACGUCGCCGUUCCUCGUCGCGCACGUCCGGCAGCUCGACUCGCUGUCGACGUCGCCGUUCAGAGAUCUCGGUGGUAACGGACGCGAUGACGGCGUCACCGCGGACGACGGCGAGCUCGGCGACAUGGCGGCGAGCUUCAAAGAAAACGCGCGCGCGCUCGUGGACAAACUCGAGCACCGCAAGGGCGCGGCGCGGCGGUUGAAGUCCAUGCUCGAGCAAGCGCCGCCGCACCGGCUCGCGGACUUGUUCGUCGCCGCGUUCGAGGACUCGUUCGACGCGCGCCUGGAGUUGCUGUCGACGACGUGCCCGAAAGAGCGAAUGCGCCGGGCGCUCGCGCUCGUCGAGGCGCAGCUGCACGCGGCGACCGUGAACGCGGACGUCACGAAGAAAGUCGAAGGACGGCUCACGAAAACGCAGCGGGAGUACCUCCUCCGCCAACAGAUGGCCGCGAUCAGAGAGGAACUCGGCGAGGGCGAGGGCGCCGGGGAGGAGGACGACCUCGAGAAGCUCCGCGCGAAGCUUCUGGACGCGGCGCCGCCGGCGGAGGUUUUAAAAACCGCCGAGGCGGAGCUGCGGAAGCUUCGGAAGAUGACCGAGCAGGCGCCCGCGUACGGCGUCACCCGAGGGUGGAUCGAGACCGUCGCGUCGCUGCCGUGGUCGAAAGAGGCUGCCACGGACGUCACCGUGGAGGCGUCGUCCAUGGCGGACGCGCGCGCGGUUCUGGACGAGGAGCACUACGGCUUGGACCGCGUGAAAGACCGAAUCAUCGAGUACCUGGCGGUGCGACGGCUGCGGCCGGACGCGCGGCCGCCGAUUCUGUGCUUCCAAGGCCCCCCCGGCGUCGGCAAGACGACGCUCGCGCGGUCGAUCGCGAAGGUGCUCCAGCGCCCGUUCCAGCGCAUCUCCCUCGGCGGCGUGAGGGACGAAGCGGACGUCCGCGGGCACCGACGGACGUACAUCGCGUCGAUGCCGGGGAGGUUGAUUCAAGGGCUCAAACGCGUCGGCGUUCGAGACCCGGUGAUGCUCUUGGACGAGCUAGAUAAGAUGGGCAGCGACUCGCGCGGGGACCCGGCCGCGGCGAUGCUGGAAGUCCUCGACCCGGAGCAGAACCACGCGUUCACGGACCACUACAUGGGCGUCCCGUUUGACCUGUCGAGGAUCACGUUUCUCGCGACGGCGAACGACCCGAGGACCAUCCCGGGGCCGCUGCGCGACCGCAUGGAGAUGAUCACCGUUCCCGGGUACACGGACGAGGAGAAACUCGCCAUCGCGUGCCGGCACGUCGUGCCGAAGGUGCUCGAGGAGCACGGGUUACUGCACGCCGGUCGCGAGGGAAAUAACCGAGACGCCAACACGCCGCGGCUGCGAAUUCCGAGAGACGCGGUCGAGCUCGUCGUUCGGAGCUACACCCGCGAGGCGGGCGUGCGAGGACUGCAGCGGUGUUUGGAGUCGCUGUGCCGCGCCGUCGCCGUCAGCGUCGCGCACGAGUCCGACGCCGCCGCCGCGGGGUCGGCGAACGGCGACGGUGGAUCGUCGCCGCCCGCCGCGUUACAGGGGACGCACGUCAUCCCUCGCGGCGCGGACGGCGUCCCCGAGGUCACCACCGAGCUCGUGCGCGCGGUGUUGGGCCCCGCGCGGUUCGACUCGAACAACGACGAUCUGAAGGAUCACCACGGCGACAUCCCCGGCGUCGUCGCCGGGUUAUCGUGGACCGCCGUCGGCGGCGACUUGAUGUACAUCGAGGCCGCGGUCAUGCCCGGCGGCGGGACCUUGCAGCUCACCGGGCAGCUCGGGGACGUGAUCAAAGAGAGCGCGCUCAUCGCGAUGAGCUGGCACGGCGCCGGCGGCAAAGCCGAAUCUUCCGCGACGAUCAAGACCCACCUCGCCGGCGACGGUCUCCUGCGCGGGCGCAGCGUCCACGUCCACCUACCGCAGGGCGCGAUCCCGAAGGACGGCCCGUCCGCGGGGGUGACGAUGUGCACCGCGCUCGUGUCGCUGUUCAGCGAUCGUCCGGCGCGGUCGGACACGGCGAUGACCGGCGAGGUAUCGCUCCGCGGGCUGGUGCUUCCCGUCGGCGGCGUCAAGGAGAAACUCAUCGCCGCGCAUCAGAACGGGAUUCGGAGAGUGUUGAUCCCGGCGCGGAACGUCGUGGACGUCGAGCACGAGGUCCCGGCGGCGACGAGGGAGGCGUUGGAGAUCGUCCCGUGCGUCACGAUGGCGGACGUGCUCGAGAACGCGUUCGAGGGGGGGUACAGGAUCGACCUGCCGCGGCACCGCGCGAGGAUGUGAUCGUUGCCGUCCUUUCGGGGGAGGGGGGGGAGGGAUUCUGUCGUAGGUAGGUAUCUGUUUCGGUCGAGUUCACGCGUGAACGGGCUUCGCAGGGCUACAUGUUGUAUCAAC